AUGUGGGAGACUGUGGGAGACAGACAAGCCUUCAACGCCCAAGGCCAAGGCCGCGAAGCGGCGAUCCAGUUUGCCUCCAAGGAGUUGAAACGGGACCCUGAGGUGCUGUUGAAGGCCUUGGGUCGUACAGCCUCAGCGUUGCGCUUUCUGCCCAAGGAUCUGUGGGAGGUGCCAGAGUUGAUGCUGGAGGCGGUAAAGGCAAAUCCCAUUUGCCUGAGCACCAUGCCCUGGUUUCAGGAAGACGAGGAUUUUGUCUUGAUGGCUUUAGCUCGAAAUGGCAUGGCGCUGCAACACGUGAACAAAAAAUUUCAACGGAGCGCUAAGGUGGUGCUGGAGGCGGUGAAACAAAAUGGCCUGUCCUUGCAGUUCGCUCAUCCCGAUGUCCGAGCCGAUGCCGAUGUAGUCCUGCCUGCCGUGGCCCAAAACGGUAACGCCUUCGGCUAUGCUGCGCGGCUGCUGCGAAACGAUCCAAACAUUGCGUUUCAGGCGGCUGUCAUUUUACGCAGCAGGGCUGAGGGAAACAGCAUCGCUCGACAAGUUUAG